CAGCUUAGACCAGUAGGCUUCGCCUGAUAAUUCACUUGUUAACGGUUCCCACGUUUUCUGUGAUUCCCCAUCACUCAGAUGAACCAUUAGGCAAAACCCUCCUAGACUAAACAUGGGUUACCUGCCUACCUGCUGGACGUGGUACCGUGAAAGGUGCUCAUUACUUCUUAAUAACAUUCCUUGGGAAUGGUGCCCGAACUUGGCGCCAGUCUUAGUACGAUCUUGGCCUAAAGUGGAACCCAAAAAUGGCCCCUUUCCCCCAAUCUUGGCUCCAGUUUGGUGCGCUUCUACUCCUGCUCGCCCUUGUCCAGGGACAGAUUUUGAACGGCAACGUUUAUGUGGAGAAACAGCUUUUGUGCGCUCUGGAUCGCGCCCCAUGUGACAAUCUCGGCAGGCAAAUCAAAGAUGCUUUGCCCGAAAUAAUUGGAAAAAACUGCAAAGCCUGCGACAACAAACAAUUGUCGAACGCUAAACGAAUCGCCCGCUUUGUGCAGAACAAGUACCCGAACGUGUGGAACGACUUGGUGAGGAAAUAUGGAAACCCCACGAACUGAAACCUGUCGCGACAACAAACAAAAGUGUACUUUUUUGGAAAAUUAAAUUUAUUUUACUUUA